CACGGGGAUUGUCGUCCGCGUUUUCUCGCGAUCACCACGGACUUACGGCAGGAUUUUCGGCCCCCGAGGAGCCCAAUGUGGGUGGAAGUGAGAUGGCAUCCAGGGAAAAGAAACCCUUAGCGCCUUCCAAACCGAAACAGAAGGCGAGUAGUGACUCUGGCUUGCCAUCCAAUGAGGUCAAGAAUAAAAAGGGCAAAUCUUUGCCGAGUAUAAAGCAGCAGCAACUUGCGCGUGAGAUUUUUGAUACAGUAGCAACAGGUAAUCAGCUUCCUGCUAAACUAGAGGCGAGCCUGCCACGCAAGAAGGCUCUGAAGAAUCUGAAGCGCAAACAGAACUUGAGAGUAGCCAAGGCAAAUCUCAUCAAGUCCAAGGUUACCAAGAAAGUGACCGGCAAGAAUAUACGUGGUAUAUCUUCUGACGUGAAGAAGGGUGUGAAAGCGAGGAAAGUCAAGCCGUGUGAGGAGCCGACCAUCAAAUCAAUUGGUAUCGCUCUGAGGCUUUCGGAGAAUCAGGCAAACAGCGGAGACAACGAAGGCAAGGGAACCGAAACACCAAGUAAAAGUGCCAAGAACAAUCUCAGGACCAAGAAGACCAAAUCUACAUCUUCGAGGAGCGUAGGGGAAUCAGGAAACGAAGAGGCACAGGAGGCAGAGGAGGCCAGUGUCACAUCAUCCAGCACAAAGAGCAGCCCUAAGCUCGGCAAGAAGAAAGCAAUAGAAAGCCCCGACUCUUUGUCCAAGAGUGCCAAAACAGCAAAGUCAGCGAACUUGAAGAAAAGUAGUGUCAAGGACGUUGUUGUAAAAGUAACGGAGGGUGAUAGCAAGAGUGCUAAGGGCAAGAAGAGCACUGGCAAGGAAUUAGAUUGUGGUAGUAGUGUAAAAAGCAAUACUAGCAUUGAGAAAAUCACGAAAGUCGUUUUGGAUAACAAGAGUUCUAUUGAUCUUACUAUAGACGCAGUUAUUGCUUCAAUGUUGAGCGAUUCUGAGACUGACAGCCAACAAAGCGCCACGGAGAAGACUGAGGGGAAGGUAACGAGAAGUAGGAAGAUGUUGGUGGACGAAAAUAAUGCCGCCGACAUUGAAGUAAAGAAGGAGCCUGAUGCUGAAGACGCGAAGCUCACGUCGGACGGGGAGUGCGCGGACGCGGAUCAGGAACUCCACCAUCAGAAUGCGAUCCAGCUGAGGAAGAGGCCCAAAGUGGCCAGCCAUUCCAUCGACCAGGUGUUUCUGUUUCAGACCAGCCUGCGGAAUGGGAAGCAACGUCAUCUGUCAGACUCGGGCAACUCCACGCCGGACGUCGAUCCCAGAAGACGCAGGUUAAAUUCAGACGGGCCUCCUGUCACCGAUAAUUCGAUGGAACAUAUCGCGGAAUGCAAUGUAAAUACGGACUCUUGUUUGCCGGAUCCUAGCUGUAACGAAUCUCAGACCACUGUGGUAGCGUCGGCCAAGGAGGACGUUUGUUCGACGAAGGACGACGUGUCCAGGAACUUCGACGAGGAUGCCGAGGCAGGGUCGGAAAUCGAGAACAACAACAACAGCGACCGCGUGGACAGAACGGGCGAGAUCGGUCCGACACUGCGCUCGAAAACCAAAACGAAAAACACGGAGAGCGAGGCGACGAAGGACGACGGUAUCAAGGCGGACGACACGUGGGUGUCGUCGAAAUGUGCGGACACGCCGGACGAUUCGAAGAAACUUAAUAACUUAGACCAAGCUAGAAAAGACAGUAUUUUAGCGAAGCUCGGAGAUAAACCUAAAGGCCGUAGGAAUAGCUUAAACAUAGAUAUGAAGAAGACCGUUAACUCUUUUUACAACGCAGACAAAUCGGACACCGCUCCGAAGGCGCCGAUCGACAAAAUUAUAGAAGGCAUUAAAUUAACUAUCGUCAAGUCGAUCGAGGACAAGAUCUAUCGUCCCGGAUUGAGUAAGAACUUCGACAUGCCCAAGAGCGAGGAGGUUAUCGCGCCGCUCAGCACGGAGUCCCAGAAGAUGGGUCUGGAGGAGAACGCCGACGAGGACAAGUCCAUCGUGACGGAGAACGAAAGCACAUCAGAGAGCUCGGAAAAUUCAGUACCAAAAGUGGCCGAUACUGCCAAAGAGAUUGAGAAACUAGUCAUGUUUGAUAUCGAGGAAGCAGAGACGCAUUCGCAGAACACUCAAGAGAAUAAAGCCUCCGGUAGCGACAGGAUUAACGAUGUACAUAAUACCUGCGAGUCUACGUGUAAUAUAAGUAGUAAUAAUGGUACAUCUUGCGUGGACGAGUCCGAGGCGGCGGGAUGCGUCGGCGGUUGCAGUACGUCGGGCAACGACGCGCCGGUCGGCGACGGUGAUUCCAAGUUACCGGACGAGAGUAAGAAGGCCGUCAGCACUCGCAAAUCGCCGAGAAUCAGCGACAAGGGCUCGGACUGCGCCGCCGGUAAUCCCGAAACGAGGAAGUCGAACAAGAUGGGAGUCCCCAAGUCGGACGACGCGGACGCGUCGCCGAGAUCCGGCUGCGAGGACGAGUCGCCGAAGGAGGACGCGGUGUCCCGUCAGCAACCGGACGACAACCCCGUGUCGACACCCGCACCACUGACCACUCCCGAGCAAACGGAGGAGAGACCCGCCGAGGGAGGCGUGCGAGGGGCGAAAAUUGCGGAGGAAUCCGAGACGGAGAUCUCCCUGAACGUUUCGGACGAGUCGGAGACGCUCGAGAGCAUAUCGCGCGAGGUGGAGAAACUGAUAGCGGGUGACCAAGCUGCCAAAUCGUCAUCGAGUCCCGCGAACGACGCGACGAGACAGUGCGAAGGGGAAGACGCGAAGCCGAGGGACAAGGAGGAGGAGGCUCCGAGUGUAAACGAAGCGUCUGCUCACGACGACGACGGUGCCGCGUCGUCGGGCUCGCCGGCCGCGAACGACGAAGCACCGUCGCCGGGCAGGAGCGGUGCGGACGGGACGGAAACGUCGCAGGAGGAGGACGAGGCCAGCUGCGAGACGGCGAAUCUUAAAACUAGCAAUAACCACUCGUCGACCACCACAAACUGUGAUUCAAAUAGUGAAUGUAGCUCCGUAAAUCCCGUGCCUACACACACGUGCACUUCCGACCGGCCGGACGACCACCAGGCCGAGCAAGUCGGCGACGGCAAGCCCGACCAGGAUGACGGCAAGGAGUCCAACCGGUCCGACGAUAUCUCACCCGCGAAUAGCGACGAUCCGCCGAGGGAUGCGGACGAGAGCGGUCAAAAGUCAGGACACAACGACACGGCCGGCGUGCCGACGGCGGCGGACGAGGCGGCCGGCAAGGCCUCCUCCGACGAGCAGAAGCCGGUCAACGAGGAGAACAGGAGGGUGCUGCGGGCUCGCGACAAGCCGAAGAAGACCGAGGGCAGACAAGCGAGCCGCAGCCGCGAACACGCGGCCGAUAACAACGCGAAGCCGCUCAAGCCGGAGGCCCAGAGCUCGGAGAAGACCGACACCGAGGAGGCGCAGGAUUCGACGACGUUCGACGAGACGAGCGUGCCCGAGGCCGCCCCGAAAGCGGAGGACGCGAGCGACUCGCAGAACAACAGCGAGGACGUGGACCCGCUCGAGCCGCAGGCUCGCACUCGGCGCAGCAGAGAGGGCAAGAGGCGCAGGGAGGAGCCGCCGCCUCUGGCGAGCGGCCUGAAGACGAAGCGCACCAAGCGAGACUCGCGCAAGUCCGAUCAGCAGAACAAGGAGGAGACGCUGCUGGACAACGAGGUCGCCAAGAUCAACGAGAACAACAGGUCCUUCCUCGACAAAUACGGCGGGAGCGCCGGCGAGCGCACCACCGACAGUUUCCGCGGCUUCUUCGAGGAAGGCGCGCAGGCCGGGCUCGAGAAGAGCUCGGGCGUGCGCAGCAAGUCGGAGAACGACCUGACGACCGCCGUCGACGAGGCCGGCAAGGGCGAGGAGCGGCUCUUGCGCAACCUCUCCGAGAAUCACGUGUCCAAGCGGGCGGCGGACGAGGUGGAUCUCCUGGCGGACGCGUGCAAGACCCUCAAGACGCCGGAGGCGAGCGCGCCGAAGGACUCGGACGAGGCCUCGACGUCCGGCGAGUCGUCGAACAGCGGCACGCCGAAGAUCCUGGAGACGCCCGAGGACAAGGCGAAGAAGGAGUCGAUAUUGCGCGUGUUGGGCCUGGAGUCCCUGGAGAAGGCGGCCGAGCGACUGAAUCAUCAGAAGGCGCGGAAGGAGCAGUACACGGGCACGUUGAAGACGAUCAUCCGAGUGCAAAAGGAGAAGGACAAGGAGAAGAAGGGCUCGCGCUCGCCGCUGAAAAUGGUUCUCAAGCAGCAAGGUCGCGGCGACGGAGAGGGGGACUCACCUGAAUUCUACACCAUUCAAAAGGAGUUUGGAACCAGUGGUUUGGGAGAUAGCAGCUCUGGUGCGAACCGAAAGUUCACUACUAACCACAGACACUCUUGCGAUGAAGAUAACGAGGAAGCUACGCCUAAGGAUCGUCAGUCGCUUGUCAUUCCAGAGAAGUCCUCCUCCUUCUCUAUACACCCUGAGCGCUUAUGCGCCGACGUGUGUUGCUACUGUUUCGGAAAGUUCGGCUCUCUCGACACGCCGAUGCAUUUAGCCCAGAUGAAGUCCGACGAGAGGCGCAAGAAGAUCUUGAACAUAGAGAGACACCUUACGAAAGACUCCUGUCUAUGCGACGCGUGUUAUCGUCAUGUCGAUAGAAAGGCGAACACCAGCCCGACAAACAUGCAGCAGAAGCCGCCGAAACAGCACAGGCAGCUGAUGGUGUUGAAGUGCUCGGCUCGCGAAUGCAGAGACCCGGCGCGGCAUAACGUCAAACGCCGUUGGUUACUGAAAAUAAAACCCGGUCUUCAGAAUCAGGUUGACAUAGACUGGGAAUCGAGUCAACACACUUCGAUGUCCUUCUGCGUCAACCACUACGGCAAGAUCGAGCGCUUCUUGACGUGCGCGCUGUGCAAACGGCGGUUGGUUCGCAACCACACUCAUCAGCUGGCCAGCGCGGAAAUCGACGAGUUGAAUCAAUUGGUCGGCCAGCAAGGAAUCCCCGUCAUAUUAGCGGCAGGCACGUUCGUCUGUAAACUAUGCCGUUAUUUCACGCAACUGCAGCUCAAGUACAAAGACGUCGACAAUAUGAACCCGAAUUGCAGGAGUUUCUUCAAAAGUUAUCGCAAAAGGAUCCUGCACUACCACGACAUCGAGGUGCCCGAGUACGAGGACGAGGACGCGGCGCACAGCAGCCAGGCGAAGGAGAAACGGAAGAAGUCCGGGAAGGCCGCGAAGAACGGCGGCUCGAAGUCGCCGGACCGCGCGACCAACUCGGAGAAAUCGACGCCGGAGCCGAGCAAGGGCGAGGGCGGCGCGAACGGCGCCGAGAUGGACGCCGAGGGUCCGGGACGCGCGAAGGUGGCGCCGGGCGACGAUACCGUCGCGGACGGGCACUAUCUCAACAUCGAGAAGGCCGUGGAGAACCUGAAGAAGCGCAAGCUGCUCGACCUGCACGCCUCCUACACGACGACGGAGUCGCCGGCGUCGUCGUGCGGCGACGUCUCGAACGACGUCGAGGAGAUCCUGGCGAUGGACAAGGAGGUCACCCUGACGCGACUGCCGAAGCGGUCGAGGACGAACAACGGCAACAACGGCGGCGCCGGUAGCAGCAACGACAUCGCGCCGGUGGUGCAGAGACUCGGCGCUAACCCCUCGAUAAGCGUGCGCACCCUCUUCCCGGGCGAGGAGGAGAUGAACCUGCACGCUAAGAUCGAGUUCGGGAACGUGCGCGAGAUCACGCCGCAGGGCUGGGAGAAGUGCGCCACCAUGAUCCAGUACGACCGCGACACCAAGCUGCUCUGGCAGGAGCUGCAGCGGCCGUACGGCAACCAGAGCUCCUUCCUCCGGCACCUGAUCCUCCUGGAGAAGUACUACCGGUCCGGCGACCUGAUACUGGCGCCGAACGCCUCGCGGAACGCGAUCAAUUACUCCACGUCGGUGCAGAACAGACUGAUAUCCUACGAGGGCCCGGAGAAGAUGGACGAGCCGAUAAUGGAGCCGAUCGGCCUGCCCUCGGAGUACACGAACUCGCGCCGUCUCAGCGGCGGCUACAUGCUCGAGAAGGACAACAGGCUGCCCGGCACGAGCGCCUCGGUAAAGCCGUCGACGUCGACGAAGGCGAGCUCGUCGCCGCCGCGGAUGCUCAAGCUCAACACCGGGGUGUCGAUAAUCAAGAAGCCGCCGCCGAACCUGCAGCGGUUCGGCAGCCUGCCGUCCACCAGCACGGCGAACGGCGGCGUCGGGAAGCGGAAAGACGCCCAGAGGCCGUCGUCGUCCGGCGUAUUCGGCACCAAGCUGUUUCAAUACAGCGAGGCGGACAUGAAGCGGCUGCAGACGAUGAAGCGGCAGCAGAAGCAGUACAACGAGAGAACGACGCCCGGUGGUUCGAUGCUCUCCUCGAGCUCGCCGCCCGGCCUCAAGUCGGUCGUGCAGUACCAGAAGCUCGCCCAGCACAGCCAGCAGUUCCAGCAGCACCUGCGGAUGCAGCAGGAGAUGCUGAACCGCCAGAGCCGCGGUGACUUCGAGCCGCUGAUCUGCGACAUGCGCGGCCCGGCGAACGAGAACAACUCGUCGACGCAUAAUCUCAUACAAAAUCUAAACCUGCCCAAGUCGAUUCAAGUCACGACCAAGCCAUCCAAUCCGAUCCCGAUUUUGCCGAAAAUUCCGAAAUCGCUGACGGUGAUACCGCAGACCGUCACGAGACCCGUCGACAAGUGAAAGAGAGACGGACGGAGUAAGCGCGAGAAAAGAUGUAAGUAAGGCGGCGGAACAUGCAGUUCUCUUUUCUUUCCUCUUGUGUUUUCUCUCGCGGCGAACGAACGAUCGAUCCGACGACCCGGGAGAGCGCGCGCCGACGCCGGCCGGCACGCCUCCCCGCGAUCCCGUCGAAGCGCGUGAUCAACGCUACAUACAUGAUCAAUUUGCCUUAACGUGAGCGCAUCGCGAUAUGCACUUACCGAGCCUGAAGCUCAACGUUACACGCAUACACCUAUACACAUGUACGAGGUAUAAUUAAUUUUACGGAUACAUUUAAGACUAAAUAAAUUAGUAAGUUAUAAAUACAUAAAAAAAUAUAUAUAUAUAUACACAUAUAUGUAUACACACAUAUAUAUAUAUGCAUAUGUAUAUAUAUAUAUAUUUGUUGCAUCGAUCGUGAUCACACACAGACUCGUAGAUAGUAGGUUUAAUUCGAGCAAAUUGUGACACCUCGAUUCUAACGACAUUAUUAUUAUUAACAACCAAAGCUUCACCAUAAAAAGAAAAAAAAAAAGACGCGUUAAACGAAACGUCGAACAAUGCUGUUCCCACGGAAAAGUGCCUAAAGUGACAUACGAACGGAGUCGUUACUUUAUUAUCAAUUGUCUAAUUACGCAGAUGAGAUCCGGGACUCUGGAAAGAGCGGUAUGCAGAUACGUGUACAAGGCGUCCGGUGAAAAUCUCGCUGUACAAUUGGCGGAGGGGGAGGGGGGGGGAGACGAUUCCUCUCAAAGAAGAGGAAGGAAAGAGAAUUAGCGGGAAGUGUGAGAUAACUUCGUUUCCGAAGAUUCCCCUCACGAGGAUAUACGGUUCUUCGCGUUCAAAUCGUAGCCGUAAGCGGCAGCAUUGCGGGUAAAAUCGACGAGAAUCGGUCCGGAAUCUCAGGCCAUGACUUGAAACUUGCUCCAUGUGAAACACUCGGAUCUGAAAUUAGAAUGAGAAAUUCGAGUUUUUUUUAUUAUUUUUUUUUUUAAUUUGAAUCACACGUGUAAUGCACGCGACGUUACAUUUGAAAUCGCGAUUCAGCUGAAAAAAAUCGCAUUUGAUUCUAAAUUCAUGUAUGGGUACCUGGGGCAAGCUUCAAAGACUACUAAUACGGGUCUGAGAGAUGUUCAUAGUCGAGUAACAAAAUUAGUCGCGGAUAUUAGCGCACGCGCGAGAUUGUGUAAUCGGAAAUAAAUUUGCAGCAAAAUUUCCAUAAAUUUGCAAUGAAGCAACGGGAAGAUUGAAAGCUCUCGGUAACCUUGGUAGCUCUUAAUGACGUUGUAAAAAGACAUUAUUCAUAAAUAAAUAAUUACGUAAAUUAUCGCGAUAAUUAUAAAUAAUCGUGAUACACAAUCAUUCGCGCAUCGACGUCCGCUCUCUCGUAGUUCUCCGCGCGUUGGCUCUUUUCUUUUUUUUUUCUACUUUUUUUAUUCAACUUCGAUCGCGCGUUAUCGAGUUCCUCCGAAUGAAUUUACGUAACAUAAUUGCGGCGCCUCACAAUUUUACCUUACCGUUUCGCAGGAUUCGAGUCCAAACCGACUCCUCCGUAUUGUGCUGGGCUUUCUCUCACGAGGGAAAUCGUCUCGCCGACGAAUGUAUCGCGAUUCACCGGACGCCCCGCGUAUAUAUAUGUGUAGAACGAAUUUACCAUUGCGACAGCAUUGCAUCCGAAUUAAUUUAAAAGCGUACCGCUUCUGUUAUUCUCCUCUCUU